UAGACCGCCGCUGCACAGCAAGAAGACGAAGGCUGACAAUCUAUCUGUCUGAAACAACCCCAGUUAGACAGGAUAUGUUGAGAAUACACAGUUGGACUUUGGGAUGUUUUAUGGACUCGGAAUCGAAAGAGUUUUCUUUUCGUCCAUGUAGGACGUGGCGUCUGCAAUUGCAUUAAAAUAGGUCUAAAUGUGCGUGCAUUUUUUUUUGAUUAGCCUACUCUCAAAGACAACAGCAGCAACCUGGACUACUAUUUUGAAACAGGAAUGGUUUAUCCUCCCGAAGGUUUAUUCUACCUCGAAAUGGAUCAAGCACCACCAGCUCUCCCUCCCAGGUCAACAAAGCCAGUGCACUCCACCAUGAACAACAACUGCCCUGCGCCACCUACAUAUACGCUACAGGACGCUGAAUGGUAUUGGGGAGACAUAACAAGGGAUGAGGUGAACGAGAAGCUCCGAGAUGCACCUGAUGGCUCCUUUGUGGUGCGCGAUGCAUCCACAAAGCUGCAAGGAGACUUUACGCUGACGUUGAGGAAAGACGGACACAACAAGCUGAUCAAGAUUUACCACCGGGAUGGCAAGUACGGCUUCUCGGACCCCCUCACAUUCACUUCAGUAGUGGAGCUCAUUUGGCACUAUCAGCACCAUCCGUUGGUGGAAUACAACGCCACGCUGGACCUAAUGCUCACCCAUCCCGUGUCCCGUUUCCAGCAGGUGAAAGAGGACAGUGUCGAUGUCGCUGGAAGAAAGCUCAAGGAGGUUCACUGUCAGUAUCAAGAGAAGUCAAAGGAGUUUGAUCAUCUUUAUGAAGCCUUCACAAAGACCUCGCAGGAGAUCCAGAUGAAGCGAACGGCCAUUGAGGCCUUUAACGAGACAAUGCUGAUCUUCGAGGAGCAGUGUCGUGAACAGGAGCGUUACGGAGAGGAGAUUGAGAUGAACAAUCAGUCCGAGGGAGCUGACCAAGAUCUGGAGAGCUUUCUAAUAAAUUAUGAGAAGCUGAAGUGUCGUCUCGGGGAGAUCUACGACAGCAAAAUCCAUCUGGAGGAAGACUUGAGAACGCAGGUGGAGGACUACAGAGAGACCGACAGGAAGAUCAACAGCUUGCGGCCUGACCUCAUCCAGUUACGCAACAUCAGAGACCUGUACCUCAACUGGCUUAAUCACAAAGGUGUCAGGCAGAAACGCAUAAAUGACUGGCUGGGGAUACUGAGCGACAGCCUUGAUGACACAUAUGUGUUGAAGGGAGACGAGAAGAAUUUGCCGCAUCAGGAUGAGACAAAUUGGUUUGUUGGCGAACUGAGCCGGACGCAGGCCGAGGAGAUGCUUCAAGGUAAAGCUCCUGGAACGUUCCUGAUCCGUGAGAGCAGCAAACAGGGAUGCUACGCCUGCUCUGUUGUUGUGAAUGAAGAAGUGAAGCAUUGUAUGAUCUACAACACACCGCAAGGAUACGGCUUUGCUGAGCCCUACGACGCCCACUGCACACUGAAAGACCUUGUCCUGCACUAUCGCCUGCACUCCUUAGCGCAACACAAUGACGCCCUGGAUGUUCGGCUGUCACAUCCAGUACACGCCACAGAUGCAGCUGCGCCUUCUCAACACGCAGAGGAACACAAACUCUUACAGACUCCAAAACACACGGUGGGGCUCCCGCCUGCCGCUCCAGAAAUGUAAUCCAACGGUAAAAAGACAAAAGGACAUGUUUACUGCAUCCUGCGAGAAUGACUGCAUCGAGGUGCAUUGUGUAAAGUUUUGCACUACAGUGAUUCCAUCGGUUUUUGUGAAUGGGAUUUCACAGAUUGAAGUGGGACUGGAACUUGAAUGUCAGCUUGAACUUUUGUUUUCAAAGAGACUGUUUAAGCUUUUAAUACUUUACUUUUUUUUUUUUUUUUUUUGUACUUCAUUUAUUGCCGCUUGUUUAAUGGACACCUUUUUUUAGUAGGGAUGUUGAAAACCAGAAAAUUGCUCACUGACAUCGGGCGCUGCACCUUUGUUUGACUUCAACUUGUAAAACCAGAGUUGAUGUUGCUAGAGAUGUCCAUUUCCCUAGUUACAGUAGAUUCCGUUCUGACCAAUACUAUAGUAAUAUUUGUGCCUCAUUCUUGCGCAUGUGAUGGCAAAUUUUGAGCACAGAAAAAUAUUUUUUCUAAGCACAUACAUUAUAUUUAGAGAACUUUAUCAUGCAAAGAGAAUUUUAAUUUGAGUGACAAUAAUAAUUUUGUCCUCAAUAAAUGUAUUAACCUGGUUUGCUAAUAUCCACAUUAGCACAAAAUAACCUCUUUUACUGUGUUUUCCACAUUUGCCCCGUUAAUGUGUAAAUUGAAUUACAUGGUUUAUAUAGGCAGAAGGUACUACAUCUCAUUUUAUGAGAAUGCCAUAAGGUUGUUUAUAACAAUUAGUCAGCUAGAUAUGUAAAUAUUAAGAGUCAAUUCAGGUUUCUACAUUGGCAAUCACCAAGGUAGCCAACUAGCUACUGCAUAUAUGGCAGACGUCAGCUCCCAACCUAACAAGAUCGCUUGCCUGCAAGCUAAUAAAGUAUAGAUUAACUAAUAAAGGUUAUAGGUAUGUCACCAAAACUGUAUGAACUACUAUUGUGGGGCUGCAGAUCAUUCUUCUAGUGCUUCCCUACUCCCCCUGGUAACUGAUUAUACUAACAAUCAGAGUGGAGUCACAACAGCCAAUCAGAAAUGACCUACUCCGACUUUUCUGAUCGGCUGCCAUUGUGGCACGCUGUAACACUCUGUCAAGUUGAGCACCCAGACAAAUCUGAGAGCGCGCAGAGCAGAGAUGUUGAGAAACACUGAACUAGUGUCCGAUCACACAGAGCAUUUAGAGGGGAAAUUUAUAAAAACAGAGGUGCUCCUAUGUGGAUAUUAGGAAACACUGAAACAAGUGCAUGGAGCACAAAAUAGAUUUUUGUUUGCUUAAAUUAAAUAAUUCUUUGCGUGACAAUUUCUCUACAAAAUAUAACUCGUGAUUCUACAAACUCUUUGUGUGCAAAAUGUCCUAUUGUGUGCUCAGGAAUAAGAAAUAUGUUAAUACUACUUUGUGUAGGAGAAAAAUGUUUUCCGUCAUACUGGUUUGGUGGACCAAACCAUUUUUGGGUAAAUGCCACGUGUGAAUAUGUGAAAAGUCGUGGUGCAGCUUGACAAUUUGCCCCUUUCUUAACAUAAAUUCAUAUACAAUGGAUAAGUAUGUAGCAUUAACGUCCUGUAGAAUACCAUUGUAAGAGAGCAUACUCAAAUGUUAUACCCAUUGACCAAAGCACUUGAUAGUGAGCAAAAAUACAUCCCUUUUAAGUCUGGUAAUUGCAUUUGGGCAAGGGGAGGGCAAUUUAUGUACACCUGCUGAUGUGCUGAUCAAAAACAUAAUCUGAAGUACUGUAUGUUAUAUUCUGUUACUCAAAGAAGUAUAAGCUUUUUGUAUUCUAUAUAUAUUUUUUCUAUACACACGCCACAAGAUGAAAGCUUGAAGAAAGUGCAAUCCAACAGUAUUUCUAUUGUUGCAAUGUAUGACGAUGAUGAUGGUGGUGAAGGUAAUGCUGUUAUGAGAGGUUGACAUUUGCCACAAAAAUGCACUCUCUUUGGUGGUGUCGGUAUGAUGUGGCCUCCGAUGUUUGUGUGAACUGCCAGAGGUCCGGAAGUAUCCUGCCUCCAUUACUUGAACUGUGGCAUUGCUCAAGCUAUGAAUGUUUUUCAUGACAUGUAGGCUACAUAGCUUAAGAGGAAAGGAAUCCAUGUUGAACUUGGCACAUUUUUCAAGUUUGAGGACAAUACAUACUCUGUACAGAGAAACUGUAAAAUGUAUUUCUGAGGUUGGUUUAUGGAAGGAGGGUGAUUAAGCCUCUUAUAAAAAAAAAAUAACUCCACUGGGGGAUUGAGGAAACUACUCGGGUGAAGCUAUGUGAGAUCCUGACCUUUUUCUUGCUGAAAGACAAUAAACUGAUGAGGGUUUUGUCAAUUUACGUUAA